AUGUCUCUUUCGACAGCAAGUAACACCACCCUCAAGGAUGACAAGACCACUGAUGUAGAAAGAAAGAAAGAGAGAAGAGUAAGAAGAGAAGCAAAAAGAAAAGCAAAAGAAGAACAGCAAAAGCUCGAUGAAAAGAUGAAGAGAAAGGAAGAAAGAAGGCGUAUACGUGAAGAAAGAGCCAAGAGAAGAGCAGCAAGAACAAAGAAAGAGGAGAAAAAGGCAUAUGAUGUUUCAUCAAGUGAACUAUCAUCUAGUUCAGAUGAUGGUGAUGAUGAUGCCUCUUACAACAUCUCCAAGAAGGACAAGAAGGGCAGCAAGAAGAACUUGGACAAUGGCAAAAAGAAGUUUUCAGCUGUAUCCUUUAACUAUUCUUAUUUAACUAACCGUGAUCAGAAGUCCUACAUCAAUGUGCCCACAGGAAAGUUACCUCAUUUCGAUGGGACUAACUUUGCCAAGUGGAAGCACUUGAUGAGGGCCUAUCUUAUUGCUCUUCACCCCGAACUUUGGGAGAUUGUGUGA